GUUGCUAAGGAAAUUACAACCUUGACGACAAGAAGGCGCUGUAAACAGUUAAAAAACACGGUUACAAAUGGAUUAGCAUUAGAACUAAUUUCGCAUUUAAAUUUGACCAGUGUCGCUGAUCAAUGAACUGAUUGACUGUGAUACGCGGAGUACAUUGACUUCUUAUGGCAGAGUUGCAUAUUAUUGGACAGAUCACUGGGGCCAGCGGUUUCCCACAGAGCAGCCUCUUCUGCAAGUGGGGUGUACAUACAGGAGGAGCAUGGAGACUUCUUUCUGGUCUAAAGGAAGGCCAGACUCAAGUGGACAUGCCUCAAACAGGGGAUAUGGCAUACUGGAGUCAUCCCAUUGAUUUGCACUAUACCACUAAGGGCCUACAAGGAUGGCCAAAGCUUCAUCUUCAAGUGUGGCAUCAGGACUCCUUUGGGCGAUGCCAGCUAUAUGGUUAUGGUUAUUGCCAUGUACCGUCAAGCCCAGGACAGCAUCGUCUGCAGUGUGUGACAUGGCGACCACUGGGAUCCUGGCAGGAUCAACUUUCUCAGAUUUUUGUUGGUGGAGGACCACAGCUGCGCUCUCCAGAUCUCAUUUACAGUGGUGCAGACAGAUACAGGCUCCACACUGUUGCCAUGGGAACAGUAGAAUUAGAGCUGUGCAUCAUUCUGCGGCACUUUGAGCGAUAUGGUGUGGAGAGUUGAGAAUGGAUCGUAGAUUGUUACAUAUUUCAGUGCAGAUCAAAGAAGUGUUAUGGAGUGGAUAAAAAGUUUUGUUAUAUUGGAUGGAUGUACUAACAUGGUGUAUGUGAUUAUCAUAAUGCAAAGUUAUAGUGUAUAGGAUGCUAUGAUGAUUAACAAAAUUUGAGUGAGUGCUGAAUUUGUAUGACUGUAUGUGUAUUUUUGACAUCAAGCAUAUACUUUUUUAUUUUUUGUACACUUUUUGUACACUUUGCACAUUUUAUAAAAAUGUAUGUGUGUUUUUUGUUUUGUUUAUAUAGAUGUUUUUUGUCAAUUCAAUUAAACAGUUUUCAA